AUGUCAUCCACACCCACUUUUAAGGGAACCAUUAGCCACAAGACUGUCGGUAGAGGCAGGCUGCCCGACUUUGACAGUCACAUUCCACGUCCUCGCCCAGAGACUUCCUCUACAACUCAUACCCCCCAGACCGCGUCCAGCGACAUUGGCAGUUCCACCAUGAGUGCCGCCAGCAGCCGUCAGAGGCAAAACCAGUCCAAGCGCGAUGAGGCUAUCCGACGAAAAUUGGAGGCCGACCUCAACAAGAAGAGACAUGCCCCGGCACGAGCAAACCGCUCCCGCAAAGCUCCCCCCGGUACCGUCCUCGCAUUGAAACCUAGUCAAGCCCUCCAGAUCAAGCCGAACACCUCCAUCGCCGAAGCCGCCCAGUUGAUGGCCGCGAAGAGAGAAGACUGCGUGCUUGUGACUGACGAUGAUGACCGGAUUGCUGGUAUCUUUACGGCCAAGGACCUCGCGUUCCGCGUGGUCGGCACUGGCCUGAAGGCGCGGGAAAUCACCGUGUCUGAAAUUAUGACCAAGAACCCUCUGUGCGCGAGAACGGAUACCAGUGCCACCGACGCUCUGGACCUCAUGGUCCGGAAAGGAUUCAGACACUUGCCGGUUAUGGACGAGAACCAGGAUAUCUCCGGUGUUCUCGAUAUCACAAAGUGCUUCUACGAUGCGAUGGAGAAGUUGGAACGUGCAUACAGUUCGUCGCGUAAGCUCUACGAUGCAUUGGAGGGUGUGCAGACGGAACUCGGCUCCAGUCAGCCCCAGCAGAUCAUCCAGUAUGUCGAAGCGCUACGACACAAGAUGUCCGGCCCUACGCUGGAAACCGUCUUGGACGGCAUGCCCCCAACAACUGUCUCCGUCCGCACCACAGUCAAGGAUGCCGCCGCCCUGAUGAGGGAACAUCACACCACUGCCCUGCUCGUACAGGAUCAGGGCUCCAUCACGGGUAUCUUCACCAGCAAGGACAUUGUGCUGCGUGUCAUUGCUCCCGGUCUUGACCCUUCAACCUGCAGCGUCGUCCGCGUGAUGACCCCUCACCCUGAUUUCGCCCCCAGCGACAUGAGUAUCCAGGCUGCGCUCCGCAAGAUGCACGAUGGACACUACCUCAACCUGCCCGUCAUGAACGAUGCGGGUGAGAUUGUGGGAAUGGUGGAUGUGCUGAAGCUUACGUACGCCACGUUGGAACAGUCUAGAAAAUAUUGUCUAACCUGCAACCAGAUCAACACCAUGCAGUCGCAUGAUGAUGAGGGCCCGGCCUGGAACAAGUUUUGGCUGUCGAUGGAUCACGAGUCCGAUUCCAUGGUCUCGGGAAGCCAGCAGCCCGCGCAGCGGUCAGUACUCAGCCCUGAGUCUCCGAAGGCUAGUUAUGACGCCCGAGACAGCGUUCUCCCCAACGAAUCUGCUUCUCACCAUGGCGGCGACGAGCACUCUGAAUACCACGUGGACCCGCACCACGGAGAGCACGUCCCCUUCCCGUUCAAGUUCAAGGCUCCUAGCGGCCGUGUGCACCGUGUUAAUGUGUUCCCCUCUGCUGGCAUUGCUGAGCUGGUUGCUCAGGUGUCGGCCAAGCUGGGCCCCGAGGCGGAUGCCGUGGGUGGCGUUCCCAGCUGCGACGAGGGCAAGCUGAGCAACACGGGCUACGCUCUGAGCUACCUGGACAACGAGGGCGACACCGUGUCGAUCACCACCGACCAAGAUCUGGCAGAUGCCGUCAGCCUUGCCCGUCAAUCGCACCGCGAUAAGGUCGAUCUCUUCGUCCACGACCCUACGCAGCCUCCUAUUCCUGCUACGCUUGAACCCCAGCCGGUGCCAGCCCGGCCCAUCGAGGAGAAGAGUCCCAUCUCCGAAGACCGGUCUGAGGAAGAGUCCCUGGUGGCGAAGCCCCGCGCUCAGUCCUUCCCUGUACACCAGCCCGAAGAGCAGUUUAUCGCCGGAGUGCCCAACGACCUGCUGCUUCCGGGUGCGAUUGUGACCCUGGCGGCCGUCAUUGCGGGAGUGUUCAUUCUGAGCCGGGCCACUUCCCGGUAA